GUUAGUUGUGUUAAAUAAAUAAGAGAGAACGCACCCAUUGAUAGAUGUGAAUUAUUGUUGAGGUUAUAUUUUUUGUUUAUAGAAAAAUAUCCCUUUAAUUAAAUUUUCUGUUCCGGAACGAUGGCUGCUUUAAACAGAAGUUUAUUACAGACACAAGUUACAUUUUUGAUUUCAAAACGAUUUCGAGGCAAGAUUAACAUUCAGAAACCGAGAAAACCUCACUUCGAAAGGCAGCUAUUGGUAGAUUUUACUAAGCCUGUAUAUAGUAUUCCAAAGAGCAAGUUACCAGAUUAUGCUCUGUGUGACAGAGGAGAAAAGAUUGAAUAUGUGAAAGUGGUAGACAAUCCUUUUGAAAGAAUACUUGCGCGAGAAUGCCUUGACUGGUUUAAUAAAUCUAAGAUGGUUGUAUUCCUCCAUCUCAAUGCUAUUAGCAUGGAGGACAAAACUCCAGUAUUUGCGGCCCUCAGAAAAAACAAUAUGCAUUUACGGACUUACGGCAAGAAGAUUGUGUCUAUGGCCACUAAAGGAACUCGCUAUGAAGCUGUAAACCAUUUGUUCACCUCACAUCAAAACAUAAUAUUUGGUCAGCCAGAAAAUGCUGCUAAAAUGUUCAAGAUAUUGAAAAAGUCUCCUCAGUUGGUGGUCAUGGCUGGCAUUAUUCAAGAUAGGUUGAUGUCCAAGAAUGAACUUGUGGAAUUCAGUCAGUUACCAAGCUUGGACGUGGCUCGAAGCCAGCUCUGCUCAGUAUUGGACAGCGCCGGUUCCUCUCUAGUGGGACAACUCACCAAGGCCCAACAAUCCCUGGUGUCAAACCUAGAACAGCAUGUGGAGCUACAAAACAAUCCUAAACAAGACACAGAAAGUUGAAAUAAAUCAUUUCUUGACAUAGAUGUAAAAUUGCUUCUGUUAGAAUAUAAUAUAAUAUGUAAAGUUAUUAUUUAGUAGUACAGAUUUUUAAAGUUAA